AUGGCAAGGAGUAACAAGGUAACCUCUUUCGUCAUCAUCUUUAAUACUGCUGCAAUUACAGUUAUCCUCCAUCCUUAUGACCUUAUCCAUAGCAAGGCCUUUUUCUCGUCCUACAUUGUAUACUUGGGAGGACAUUCUCACGGACCAGACCCUUCUCCUAGUGAUUUGGUAACAGCCACUAAUUCCCAUUAUGAUUUGCUCGCUUCUGUCUUGGGAAGUUACGAGAAGGCUGAGGAAGCAAUUGUUUAUUCGUACAAUAAGCACAUAAAUGGUUUUGCAGCGAUGCUCGAAGAGGAAGAAGCGUCAGAGAUAGCGAAAAAGAGAAAUGCAGUUUCAGUUUUCUUGAGCGAAGAACAUAAAUUGCACACAACCAGAUCGUGGGAAUUUCUUGGACUGGAAAAAGAUGGAAUAAUUCCACCAGACUCUGCUUGGAAGAAGGCAAGAUUUGGUGAAAAUACAAUCAUCGCUAAUAUCGAUUCAGGUAUUCUCCCUAUCAUCAAAUCAGCAGCAGGACGCCUGAUCGGAGAUUAG